AUGGCAGAGCCAACUGAAAUUCUUCAUUUUGCGAAAGCUUACCAGCCUCUCAUGUACAACCAACAAAUGAGUUCGAUGAGCAACAUACCUACCAAGGGCCUAUAUCAGCCAAGCAAUGUCCGGUCAGGCUCCAUUUUGCACAACAAAAACAUCUCAGCACUCUCGUAUUACCUGUUUGUCGUUCAGGAUACCUCUCACCUUCCGCCCCGUGAAGCGAUUCAGCCGAGCUCUCAUGCCCAGCGCAUUGAGAAGGCGACCAACGCCGCCAUGGGAUAUGGCGUCUUCACUCUGGCCGCGAUCAGAGAGAACACCGUUGUGGGCGAGUACAUGGGCAAGCUGGUCCCGCUCGAUGAGACCCGGACGUCUUUGGAGGAGAGUCUUUAUAUGUUUGGUCUUAAGACUUCGGCCAAGGUUGAUGCGCGAUGCUAUGGAGACCUCACUCGCUUUGUCAACCACCACUGCCAUCCGAACUUGGACGUCGAGCGGUUCACACCUGACGAGCAUCUGAAGGGGUCCUGGACGGUGACCAAUUCUGCUGAGUCCGGCGGCAUCAUCGACUCUGAAGAUAGUGCGACAUUAUCGGACCUGAAGCCCGGAUCACAGGCAGUGCCGGUGCCUGAGAGACACACUCAUUCACAGUUCCAAGUGAAUGUGCCCAUGAAAACUGACAAGCCAGCCGCUACCAAAUUUGCUUCAUCAACUCUUACCAUCACAACCAACCUGUCCCUAAAGUCUCACAAGAACCAUUUUCCAUCAUCAAGCCUCAUUACCUCCACACAUUUGUCCACAAAUUAUCUCGUGCACAGCUUCCCCACCAUCAAGGUGUAUCCUUCAUCAGAACAGAGGCUGAUAAAGAUCAUGGCGGGACUCAAUCGUCCUAUUCUCAACAUCUUCAUGGGAUUCCCAGCCGAGGUACGGCUCCAGAUCUUUGAGAAGGCUUUUGAUGGAUCUCGAGCGAGGAUCAUCGCAAUCCAUCCAAGCCCACCGACCAACAAAUCCUUAACACUGCGACCCACACAUCAUUACCAACUCCUCCUUACCUGUCGCGAGAUCUACAAUGAGGCCAGACACUCCUACUGGUCCUCAACUACCAUUGAAAGCGCUCUCAACUCAAGUUUCGAAGCUCAUGACCUCUCUCAGGUUCUUGAUACGAUUCCGCGCUUCGCUCGACCGUUGAUCCAAGAGAUACAGUGCAAGGGUUUUCAGCAGAGCCCGGGACUCGGUUACAGGCAGUUUCUGGGUCAUUUCACAAAGCUCGAGACCCUCAUCUUGGAGCCCUCAUUCACCUACCUGUCCCAUCAAGAAUACGAUCAGGCCACCUGGUCUGCCGAUAGCAUUAUCGAGCAGGCCCAAAAGCGCUCCGGAGUGAAGCUGUCUGGAUCGAACCUUGACCGGCCUAGGGAACUGAAAAUCUUGCAGAGAAUUAGAAUCUCUGUAAUGCUGCAGUCGCGUGGUCUGACAAUACGGAUGCCGCCCAGCUCGGCCCGCUUCCCCGCAAAGGUUUUCUUUAUCAACCAUUCGACUGGCGAGGUGGCCGAAGGUGACAUCGAUAUGUCGGACGAAGAGGGCUUCCAAAAGGUCUUGUGA